AUGUCCUACCGCGCCCUGUCUACCCCCAUAUACCCCUAUACUUCGGACACUAGGUCCACGCGUCCAGCCACAAGUAGGACGGCUGCUGGAGGACAUCGGGCAACUCGGCCUACGACAGCAGCAACAAGUGUACCCUCCCAGGAAAUCGUCUGUGCUAUAAGUGAAUCUAGAGGUAUUUCUCCUGCCGUUGGGCUGGCCUUUGUCAACUUGUCCACGUCGGAGGCUGUCCUCUCUCAAAUCUGUGACAGUCAAACCUAUGCCAGGACGGUACACAAACUAGCUGUGUUCGAACCUACCGAAGUACUGUUUAUGAGUACCUCCAAAGAACCCCUCUCAAAACUAUAUGCAAUUGUCGAGGAGAAUCUUCCCCACAUCAGGAUCAUUACCAUCGAUAGGAGAUACUGGUCUGAACAAAAUUGUCACGACUAUGUUGAGAGAUUGGCCUUCAGAGAAGAUAUUGAAGCUAUAAAAAUGGCUUUAGACGGCAGCUAUUUUUCUGCCUGCUGUUUUUCAGCUGCCCUCGCUUAUAUCGAGCUAGAACUUUCGGUGACAUUCGCCCCCCAUUCACUUAGAUUACGAUAUGAGCCAUCUGAAGGGUCUAUGAUGAUAGAUUUAGCUACCAUCGUCUCGUUGGAACUUAUCCAAAACUUACAAAACUCGAAAUCUAAGGAUUGUUUAUUUGGGCUUCUCAACGAAACUCUCACAACUAUGGCUCUUAAAUCAUUCGUUGAUUCUGAUAGGGUACUUACGGCUCUAUGCUCUCCCAGCAACUAUGAACCCGUUCUAUCACUCCUAAGUGAAACUCUUAAUGAAGAUGUGAGAUAUCAGUCCAGUGCUCUGGAUUUACGCAACCACCGAACCUAUGCUGUCAAAGCCGGAGUGAACAACCUUCUUGACGUCGCGAGACAAACCUAUAAAGAAGCAAAUGACGAUGUAACACAGUUAACCGCUCGACUUACUGAUGAAUAUGAUAUUCCACUGGAUUUGAGGUUUGAAUCUGGCCGUCACUACUAUUUCCGUGUACGAUCCUUCGAUCUCCGGGAAGCGGCUCUGCCUGACGUAUUCAUCAACGUUUAUCGAAAGAAAGCAUAUGUGGAAUUUCAAACCCUGGACCUUGUCAAAAUGAAUCAAAAAAUAACCGACUCUCACAAUGAAGUUAUCAGCAUGAGUGACCGGAGUAUUCAGGAGCUGAUAGAUGAUAUUCGGUCUCAAAUUUCGAACUUGUUUCGCAUAGGUGAGGCAAUCGCUAUGCUUGAUAUGAUGGCGGCGUUUGCCUACCUCCAGAACAUGCAAGACUAUGCACGCCCUAAGAUAACCGACACUAUAGCCAUCAAAUCUGGGAGACACCCUAUUCGAGAAAAAAUACACGCAACCAAAUAUAUCCCCAAUGAUGUUUAUGCUUCACCACAAUCCCGCUUUCAAAUAAUAACCGGCUGCAAUAUGAGUGGAAAAAGCACAUAUAUCCGAUCAGUCGCCCUGAUGACAGUUAUGGCACAAAUUGGAAGCUCAGUUCCUGCUCAGUAUGCCUCGUUCCCUAUUGUGCAUCAACUAUUCGCUCGCAUAUCAACGGAUGAUAAUCAAGUUACCAACGUGUCGACCUUUUCCACCGAAAUGAGAGAAAUGGCAUUUAUUUUACAUAAUAUUGAUGCUAAAAGCAUGGUUAUAAUAGACGAACUCGGCCGUGGGACCGCUUCUGUCGAUGGACUAGCUAUUUCAAUCGCUAUUGCUGAAGCCCUUGUGGCAACCCACGCAUUAGUCUGGUUUACUACUCAUUUCCGUGAUUUACCCCGGAUCAUGGAACAUCGUAGCGGAGUUAUAAAUUUGCACCUCGCGGUUGAUUUGUCAAAUACGCAGUCCAAAAUGACCAUGCUUUAUAAGAUAGUUGAUGGCUAUGUACAAGAACAACAUUAUGGCCUCGCACUCGCAAGAAUAUUUUGCUUACCUCCUUACCUUUUAGAGGUUGCUGAAAGAGUCUCGCAUCACCUUACUCUUACAGCGCAAGACCGAAUCAAAUCGUCUGCAGCUAUUUCUCUAGCUAAACGGCGCAGACUUCUCCUAACAUUGGGAGAACAGCUGUUGCAUGCUCGUGAUGGGGUGAUAGAGAAUGAAGCUCUUAGAAAGUGGCUUCUUAGGCUUCAAAAAGAGUUUACUUUGCGAAUGUCGGAUAUAGAAGCAGAAACUGAAGAGAAAGGAGAUUCGUUGCAGCGUAAUGGAACAGAAGAUUCUCUCGAAGAGCUCGAACCCAGGAAGAGUACAUCUCAUAAAAUCUGCCCAUUCUUUCCUGCAACUCCUACUAUUAACCGCAGGUACUCUGAUGAGGCUUCUGCCAGCCAGUCCUUUGAUAAUAGUGAGUUGCUUCUAAAUAGUGAAGUUGAAACUCCUGUAGUUGCACCCUCAUACUGUCCACAUGAUUAA